GGCACUUUGUGUGGGUAUGUUCUUCCGACCCAGCGUUAGGAGUUGCGGUGGCCGUCGGGUAGGUUCCACAUAUCAUGGGGGAAGAUGACAGAGCUGUCGAGGACGCCAUUGUGCCCAUCCUCGCGUGUGCUCUUCAACUCGGCGAGGAUGCGGUUCGGAUUUUCGAGGACAUCUGCAGCAGGCCAUCGUGGACGGGGAAGCGUGUGAUGGAUGACAUUUUUGAGGGUGGCUACUGUGAUGACAGCGCAUCACAGAAGAGGCAUAAGUGUACCAGUUGGCAAUGGCCCGGGAUAGUGACCGUUUGUGAUUUGAUGCCUCGCAAUCCGCCUCGUUGGUGGGUGAUGCGUCGCACAGGUGGUGCAUGGAAGGACCUCGAGGUGACCGACGACACUGAAGACGACUAUUACGUCACCCUGUGGUCGAUUAUGGCGAAGGCUGGAGGAUGCAGCUCAUCGACGGUUUUGGGGAGCACAGGGGUGGAUAGAGAAGUGGAUGAGAUUGUGCAUGGUGCGCAGACUUUGAGCGAUGCCCUUUUGAGUGUGCAUCAGGAGUUGCAGGUCCUGCAUAGAUUCCUUGUCAAGCGGGGAGAUGACAUCACGGUCGUUCUGAAAGACGGUGGGGAGGAGUGGCGAACGGAGCACAGCCAUAGCCAUUACUGCGCAAGGAGAUGGUGCAAGGCGGUUGGCAGUCGACUGCGGCAAUCUCGCCUGAAUGUGUGUAACUGGUGCAACGAUGUCGUGGAUAAGCUUUCCCAGUGGAGGAGCGAAUACAUGAAAUUCACGAAGUUGAUUAAUGCGUUGAAGGACCGCAAUGACGAGCUGCAGUGUGAGCUCCAGAAAGCGCGCGAGCAGCAUGCGUACCUGGAAACACAACUGCAAGAUGCCAUCGCCGCCAUCGCAGAGGCCCGUGAUCAACGGGAUCUCGCAUGGCACUAUUACGAUGAGCAAUUCGCCGAGAUGACUUCCGAUGGGCCGUGUGUUGUCGACACCCUGGCGGAGGAUGUGCACGCUGUGAUGCUCGAGGAUGGAGGAGACGGUGCUGCACCUUCAGGCGACGAAGGACACGUGGCGAAGUGCACCAGCUGCAAGUCGUUGGAGACGAAAGUCGAAGAGCUCGGAGUGAAGCUGGAGGGUAUGCGGUGGGCGAACGCCCUACUGCAGGAGCCUCCCUCAUUUUGGAAUGAAGUCUUCGAGGACUGAAGAUUUUUAGAAGACAGGCGCUUUUUGCCAUUUCAAAGUGCGAUUGUGGAUCGGAGAUUGUCUUUUCUCGGACGAGCUAUGAACUGUUGAAGUUAUUUUUUUUGGGAAGAACGUCGAAGUUAUUUUUUUUGGGAAGUUUUCCUUUUUGGUUUGCGCGCAAUGCCAUUUGCUGUUGAAAACCUGACUCUACGAUGUUGGAGAGCAUUUGCAUGUAUGUUUGUGGGAUACUCCUUCGUUCAAUCAUUCCUUCAACGAAUCCGUUACACUGUUCAAUCAAUCAAUCAAUCAAUCAAUCAGGAAAGC